GUGCCAUGUCGCGACAAAAGCUACGAUUGGUUGUUGCGGUGGAUUACUGUGAAAGGUGCGAGGAAGACGCAGCACUUGAGUGUGGCCACCAAGUUCCAAGAAGCGACUAGCGGAAAAAUCGUCACACGUUACGAUUUCAUUCCUAGCAUAGGGGUGCAUUUUUUCAGGUUCCAUAACCGAUGGAUUCGCGUGGAAAGAACAAGAGAACAGUCGACUAUAGAUCUGCAUCAAGGCAUUCCUUUCGAAACUGUUACAUUGACUGCACUUGGUCGGGAUCGACAGCUGUACUUCGAAAUUUUGGAAGAUGCGAGGCAAAUAGCCCUGGAAGAGUACCAAGGACGCACCGUGAUGUACACUGCAAUGGGUUCCGAAUGGCGGCAGUUGGGACAACCGAAAAAGCGACGACCUCUGCAAUCCGUCGUUCUUGCCGACGGCGUUUCCGAGAAACUUCUGGGGGACGUGAAGGAGUUUAUUGCGAACCCUGCGUGGUACAGUGAUAGAGGCAUCCCGUACAGGAGAGGAUACCUUUUGUACGGACCACCUGGUUGCGGAAAAUCGAGCUUUAUAUUCGCCUUAGCUGGUGCACUGGAGUACGGGAUUUGCGUUCUGAAUCUCAGUGAACGAGGUUUAUCAGACGAUCGCCUCAAUCACUUGUUGGCGGUGGCCCCGGAGCAGUCGAUCAUUCUACUUGAGGAUAUUGAUGCAGCUUUUGUCAGUCGGGAAGAAUCUCCCAAUGUUCGUGCUGCCUUUGAGGGCCUAAGCAGACUGACAUUGAGUGGCCUUUUGAACGCUUUGGAUGGCGUGGCGAGUUCUGAAGGCCGUCUGUUGUUCAUGACCACCAACUACAAAGAACGGCUGGAUGCUGCGCUCAUUCGACCAGGACGUGUAGAUGUGCAAGAGUUUGUCGGAUACUGCUCACCAGAGCAGGCUGCAGCCAUGUUCAACAACUUUUACCCAGAUGCAGCUGCUGGAUUGGCAGGCAGA